CGGGGAGUAUCUAAGUGCAGCGUCUAACGGAAUUGUGAGUCUCCAGGGUAAUACACGGAUUGAACCGGUAUGGCUCAGGCAAAGAUACAGGCGAAAAUGAAUGAAGCCGGAAAGGCGAGCAAGUUCAGCAGAACCUUGUCAAUGGCAGACCGUUCCGGACGGUUACUCGACAGAUUGGAUCAGCUGGAAAUUAGGGUGGAAGCGUUGCGAGAAGCCGCAACUGCAAUGGAACAGGAGAAGGAGAGUUUGCUGGAAAUGAUUCAAUCAAUAAAGAAUAGUCAGGAAAUGCGGAACAUCAGUGAUGGAGAACGGGAGGAACUCACUUUAACUGCUGACCGUCUUUUGGGGCGUACCCUUACAGUAGAAGUUUCCGUGGAAACUAUCCGAAACUCUCAACAGGAGGAGGCGCUGAGAAAAGCCACGUCUAUCAUUGACGAAAUCGUGGCGAAAGUGCUGGACGACCUGGACGCCGCAAAGAAACGGCUGAUGGCUCUGCACUCCGCGUGUGUCACCGAUGCACCGCCUGUUCCCAUCGAUCAGAAAUUCCAGAGUAUAGUGAUCAGCUGCGCUCUGGAGGACCAGAAGAAAAUCAAGAGGAGGUUGGAGACUUUAAUCAGGAAUAUGGAUAACUCGGAAAAAACAAUCAAGCUGAUGGAUCAGCAAAAAGUGGAUGACUUAAACAGCGCCAAUGGCAAAUAAUAUUGUAUUCGCGAUGCUGAUUUUCGCUGGAGACGUUACACACUUGAUUCUACUGUAACCAAGGACUUUAUUUGUACAGAUUGCCACGACACCUAAUCGCAGGAGUCAGCUGCCUGUACAGUGGCAUUGCACAACCUCCAGUCUGGCUCAGUAAGGUUCUUCAUUUAUAGACCGCUCAACCUGCCCCCAUCCCUCCUCGUUUCUAUAGUAUUAAAUGAGGUCAUCUUCAGUUAUAUAAGGAAAUG